AUGGCGCCUCAGACAGUGAAUCUCCAUGAGCUACUGAAAGCUGCAUGCAUUCGUAUUCUUGAGGGCGAUCAGCCAUUUAUGAGAGGUACCGGCGUCGCUAAAGAGCUUGAGUCCAUGGGUCUUGAUGAAAUUAUGAAGGAGGCAUGGGCCAGCAUCAAAGGCGACAAACGUUGGGUUGAAGUAAUCAAGGCCAAUUGCAACAUUGGUGACCCCACUAUGCCAAUCGUUCUCCUCGGCUUGAACGUGUAUUUCGACUUUCCGGAUCCGGAUACAGGAAAGAUGGUCCGGAGCAACCAGGGAAUCGGCGUUAACGACCAAGGCGUCUCGCCUUUUGGCUUCGAAGGAACAGGCAUCACAACCCAGCAGUAUCUGACAAUGUUGAGAAACGGAGACAUCAUGGUACUCAGGGACCCGAACGUGUCGGCAGCUGUUGGACCUCUUGGACGUGUUGGACGCGGUAGACGAUCGUCAGAUUUCCCCGGCAUCGAAGCUACUCUGCGUGGCGAUACCACCAAUCUAGGGCAGGUCACAGCUGGAUCACUGGAGGAUGAGUUCGAUGACCUUGAAGCACCGACCAAGAGAAGUGGUGUUUACGAGAUCAUGGUAAUGCGGUCUGCAGACUACGUUCCCAUGGGUUCCGAGGCUUCAUCCAAGGCGUCGUCCGAGACUUCGACCACUUGCCAUGUGGGUUCCGAGCGUUAA